AUGCCUUUGAAAACACUGAAUAGGACUUCAUAUGAGGGAAACCCAGAAUUGUGUGGAGAUCCAUUACCAAAAUGCGGAAAUCAAGAGGCCCCCCAACCGCCACCUUCUACUAAAGAAGACAGUGAUUCAGGCUCAGCUCGAAUGCUUGGAUUUGAUUUGAUAUUUUGUUCGACUGGAAUUGAAAGUGGGUUUGCAUUGGGAAUGAUUCUCUCGAAUGUCCCCAUCACAAGAAGGCAGGAGUCGUUUCUUAAGAUCGUUGGAAUGGUGAGGUUAAUGAUAUGGAAAAGGUUGAGUUGCACAAGUAUAGUGUCAGAUCAUUCUCUAAACCACCUUGCUCUGUCUUUCUAG